UGGAGAAACAGUCAGUUAGUCAGUCUGCCAGCGCCGGACGGAGCAUGUUUGAGGACCUAGUUGAGUCCUACUGCAGUCUGGAGCCUCCCAGGUCGUCGGGGGGUGUGGCGGCACGUAGGGGGCGUGUCGUAGAAGACAGGGAGGGAUCCAGUCUGAGUGUCGGGCAGUACGUCCUUUGUCAUUGGUCAGAUGGUCUGUACUACCUGGGCCGGAUCCACCGGGUCAGCCCUCCUAGACAGAGCUGCUUUGUGACGUUUGAGGACAACUCGAAGUUCUGGGUUCUCUGGAGGGACAUCCAGCAUGCUGGUGUUCCAGGAGAGGAGCCUUGUUGUUCGGUGUGCCAGGAGCCGGAGCCGAACGCAGAGAACCAAGAGAACCAAAGUAACCGCAUUCUGAUCUGUGGCAAGUGUGGAAUAGGCUACCACCAGCAGUGCCACACUCCUCCUGUAGAGGGCAGCAGCAAACACAGCCCCUGGUUCUGCCGACGAUGCAUUUUUGCUCUGGCUGUCAGGAAAGGGGGCGCUCUAAAGAAAGGACCCAUAGCCAAAGCCCUGUCUGCCAUGAAGCAGGUGUUACCCUAUGACCCAGAAUCUCUGGAAUGGGACUCCCAACAUCGGACUAAUCAGCAGCAGUGUUACUGCUACUGUGGAGGCCCUGGAGAGUGGUAUCUGAAGAUGUUGCAGUGCUUCCGUUGUCAGCAGUGGUUCCAUGAGGCCUGUACCCAAUGUCUGCAAGAGGCCAUGAUGUUUGGAGACAGGUUCUACCUCUUUCUGUGUGCUGUGUGUAAUAAAGGAUCAGAGUAUGUUCGCCGUUUAUCUCUGCGCUGGGUGGAUCUGGUUCAUCUGGUUCUUUAUAACCUGGGCGUCAGUCGCAAGAAGAAAUACUUUGAGUUGGAGGAGAUUCUUGGCUUUGUCUCAACUCACUGGGACCACUUUCAGCUGGGCAAGUUGUCCAAUGCUCCACCAUCAGAAAGAGAACAACACAUUCUUGAUGCACUCAACAACUACAAGAGCAAGUUUCUGUGUGGCAAGGAGAUUAAAAAGAGAAAAUGUAUUUUUCGGCUGCGGACACGUGUUCCACCCAAUCCCCCCUCCAAACUCUUCCCUGAGCGCGCUCAGACUGACAGGGGGAGGAGUAAGAAGAGAGGAAGAGCCAGGAAAAGUACUCCAGCUGAAAGGAGAAAGAGGAAGUGGCUUCUAGAGGAUGCCAUCCCCAAUAAAGAGCUUUACUACAGUUGGACCGCCAACCACCACAUGGCAAACAUCUUUGACUUCACCCUGGAUGAGUUGCACAGCCUGAAGAGUGGUUCCAGUAGGACAGUCAGUGUGGACCAGGACUCUACAGAUGGCUCUGCUACAACUAGUGGCUCCUACAACAUUAGGAGGAGGGUUGGCAGUAGGAAGAGGAAGUUGCCAAGCAGCAGCUAUAGCCAGUGGGCCAAUCGUGGUGAGGGAGGAGAGGAAUUUGGAGGAGAGGAAACAUCUGGAAUCCUGGAAGACCAGGAAGCUACAGCCAACUCUGAGUCCUCUCAUUUUCUGUCUGACUCCUCCCACCUCUCAUCUGACUCCUCCCACCUCCACUCCUCAAUCUCCUCCUACUUUGGAGUGGCAGGCAGAUUGACCAAUGGGGAAAGAUAUCAGGUGUUGGCUCGACGCAUUACGCCACAAGGCACUGUCCAAUACCUGCUGGAGUGGGAAGGGACAACACCUUAUUAGGAAGUACAGAGUAUGCAAGGGUUUCCUUAUUAGGAGACUUUGCUAUGCUAGGAUGUCCACGUUAGAAAGGUUGGAGUUAGGAAGUGUAGAUGAUGUAAUUAUGUGAUUUCCAUCUGAUG